CUUUCUGGGGGUUUUAUUGGUCAGAGCGUGUAGUGACAUCAGUUUUUCUCUAUGUCCAAUUUUGUCGUAUUCAAAAUGGUGGAGCAAUAACAAACGCAUUGUAAAUUUCUACGUAUCAGCAUGGCAGACAAAAAUGGCAAGAAAGGGAAACCUGUAGGCGUGAAGAGAACAUUGACCAAGAGAGAACAAGAAGAUCUGAAGAAAAAGGAAGAAGAAAAAGCAGCUGAAGUUUUUGAAGAGUUUUUAGCUUGUUUUGACAGUAAUGACAAAAGUGGAGUGAAGACUUUUGUCCGUGGGGGUAUCGUCAAUGCAACUAAAGAAGAGGAAGCAGUAGAGGUUAAAAAGAGCAAGCUUUACCGACCAAUCACCAAGUUUACUUCAGUGUCCCAGAACGUCUCACCGGCACACUCUUCUGAAAUCAGAAGGCCUAUUGUUAAAAAGAAGACGGAAGAGAAGAAGAAGAGCAACCUUGAACUUUUUAAAGAGGAGCUAAAGCAAAUACAGGAGGAACGUGAAGAAAGGUACAAAAGAAAGACAAAUGAGCCUGGGGGAGCAUAUGGAGACCUGGACAUACCACUAACGCGACGAUCAAUAUUUGAUGAUGACCCAGCCAUACCGAACACAACCAACCUGUACAUUGGCUGCAUUAGCCCCAAGAUGAAUGAAGAAAUGCUUUGCAAAGAGUUUGGCAAGUAUGGUCCCCUGGCGAGUGUGAAGAUCAUGUGGCCCCGUAGUGACGAGGAACGCACCAGGGUUACAAACAGAGGCUUUGUGGCCUUCAUGACCAGGAAAGAUGCAGAAAGGGCCUUGGCUGCUCUAGACGGUAAAACGGUUAUGGGUUUUGAAAUGAAGCUGGGAUGGGGGAAAGCUGUUCGCAUCCCUCCCCAGCCACUCUAUACACCCAUAGGGGUACUUAAAAUGUCCACACCCCCACCCCCCUCCGGCCUGCCCUUCAACGCUCAGCCCAGAGACCGCUUCCGCAAUGACUUUACCAAGCCAUGGGGCAGGUCCAAGGAGGAGUUGGACAAGACUCUGUCCGAAGCUGUAGUCAAAGUGGUUAUCCCAACAGAAAGGAAUCUGUUAGGCCUCAUCCACAGGAUGAUAGAGUUUGUGGUGCGUGAGGGACCCAUGUUUGAAGCCAUCAUUAUGAGCAAAGAGAAGAACAACCCUGACUUGAGGUUUCUCUUUGACAACAAAAGCCAAGAGCACGUGUACUACCGCUGGAAACUGUACUCCAUUCUCCAGGGCGAGCCCCCCAGUGAGUGGAGGACGGCAGACUUCCGGAUGUUCCGUGGGGGCUCCAUCUGGAGGCCGCCCCUCCUAAACCCCUACCUCCAUGGAGAUGAGGAGGCGGGGGAGGAAGAGGAGUCUCCCUCCCUGGAGGAGGAGCUGCUGAAAAAGGGCCAGCUGAAGACAGAGCACAGGGAGAGACUAGAGAUGCUGCUGAGAGGACUCACCCCUCGUAGGGAGGACAUUGGUGAUGCUAUGCUGUUCUGUCUGGAGAGAGCCGAGGCAGCGGAGGAGGUGGUGGGGUCCAUCGCAGAGUCCCUGUCCCUCCUUCAGACACCACUGCAGAAAAAGAUUGCCAGACUGUACCUUGUAUCUGACAUCUUGUACAACUCCUGUGCCAAAGUUGCCAAUGCAUCUUAUUAUCGCAAAUAUUUUGAAGCAAAAUUGCCCCAGAUAUUUGGUGACAUUAGUGAUGCAUAUCGAAACAUACAAGCAAGACUACAAGCUGAACAGUUCAAGCAAAAGAUAAUGGGCUGUUUCAGGGCCUGGGAAGACUGGGCCGUAUACCCAGAGUCUUACCUGAUCCAGCUACAGAACAUCUUCCUAGGUCUGAUCAAGGCAGGAGAGGAGGUGAUCGAGAGGAUAGAGGUGAGCUGGAUCUCAGGACCUGUCCUGGACAAGACCUGGAAAAGAGUUUUGAUCCAUGCCUAUUUUACUGAUGACACUGUUACAUUCUCUGAUAGUGUGUGUAAAUAUACAAUUCAGCAACAUUGGUUUAUGUGGGCUGGGUAUAUCUCACCUCAGGUGUCGUCUCCAGACCUGGAUGGAGCCCCGUUGGACGGGGCGCUGUUAGACGGAGCUCCGCUGGAGAACCUCGACGGCUCGCCCCUGGCCUGGGACCCUGCCUCCCUGGAUGGGGUGCCUGUUGAUGACAUCGACGGGGUUCCCCUGUGUGCACCAAUGGAGGACAUUGACGGAAUGCCUUUGGAUGAGCUGGCCCACUCAAGAGUGGCUCUAUCUAAAUGGGAGAGGGUGGACGAUGCUGACGCUCUCCCACAAGCUAACACUGAAUCCAAAUGGGACACUUUGGGAGAGCGAGACUUGGGGGAUGACCUGAAUGCCAGUGCUAACAUUAAGGGAGGAGAUGGGAAGUCCGAGGAUGACAGCAGCGAUGAUGACAGCCCCUCUAAGUAUGACAAUGCUGACUUCAAGAGCUCCCUCAGCAGUUUUGAGAUGUCCGAAAGCAAGAGGAGCCGGCUGAGAGAGCUGGAGGUGAAGGUGAUGAAGUUCCAGGAUGAGCUGGAGUCUGGGAAGAAGCCCAGGAAGUCAGGGUUAAACAUGCAGAAACAGGUGGCGCACUACAGGAACAAGCUAUUGCAAAAGGAGUUUGAUAAGGAUGACAAGGAGAAGAGAGAGAGAUCCAUUCCGAAAUCAAAAGAGCGAUCAAAGAAGGAUGAGCGGAGAGACAAGGCGGAGGAGACCAGUAAAGGACGGGACAAGGAGAAGAGUAAAAGGAGUCAAGACCGGGACAGGGGACGGAGUAGAGACACAGAGGAGCGGACACAGAAAUACAGAGGACAUUCUCCCGUAAAAAUCAAGUCAAAGUCUCCCAAGAAGUCCAAGCGGUCGCCCUCGCCAGUCAGGAAGACGUGGAGGAGGUCUAGCUCCCGGUCGCCACACCGCUCCCACAAAAAGACUAAGAAGAGCAAACACUGAUCCUGAGGCCUAUGCCUCUCCCCCUGAAGCAGCUAGGCGGCUUUCAUGGACUGCCCUGCUCUGCCAGUGCUGACCAUGCCACGGCACCACACGCUUCUUUCCCACAAUGCCUCUGAACUGCCCCUGCAGUGAAAAUUUCCAUUUUUUUGUAAGAUGAACAUUGUUUGUACAGUUCUGUUUUCCCAUCAGGUUGUUUUUAAACCCCAUUCAGAUUGCGACUAGUUCCUGAGACAAUAAAUCACUCUUGGCAAUGUG